CUCCGGCGGCCGCAGGACGGGGCGGGGCACUCGGCCGAGCCGCUCUGCCUGCGUCCGCGCUCCCCGCAGCCAGGGGUGGGCGCGGGUCCUCGAAGGCGCACGGCUGCAAACCGGUCAAAAGGAAACUUCGGGGUGCCCGGAGCGCCGGCUGGCGGGGCGAUCGGUUGGCUUUUCGGCGUGGUCUUUAGGAUUAGCCGCCCAAGGAAGCGAGAUGUCGAAGCCACCACCCAAACCAGUCAAACCAGGGCAGGUUAAAGUCUUCAGAGCUCUGUAUACAUUUGAACCCAGAACUCCAGAUGAAUUGUACUUUGAAGAAGGUGAUAUUAUUUACAUUACUGACAUGAGUGAUACCAAUUGGUGGAAAGGUACCUCCAAAGGCAGGACUGGACUAAUUCCAAGUAACUAUGUGGCUGAGCAGGCAGAAUCCAUUGACAAUCCAUUGCAUGAAGCUGCUAAAAGAGGCAACUUGAGCUGGUUGAGAGAGUGUUUGGACAACCGAGUGGGUGUUAAUGGCUUAGACAAAGCCGGAAGCACAGCCUUAUACUGGGCUUGUCAUGGGGGUCACAAAGAUAUAGUGGAAAUGCUGUUUACUCAGCCAAACAUUGAACUGAACCAGCAGAACAAGUUGGGAGACACAGCUUUGCAUGCUGCCGCCUGGAAGGGUUAUGCAGAUAUUGUCCAGUUGCUUCUGGAAAAAGGUGCUAGAACAGACUUAAGAAACAACGAGAAGAAGCUGGCCUUCGACAUGGCUACUAACGCUGCCUGUGCAUCUCUCCUGAAAAAGAAACAGGGAACAGAUGCUGUUCGAACAUUAAGCAAUGCCGAGGACUAUCUUGAUGAUGAAGACUCGGAUUAAUUCCCUUUUGGAGCUUUGAGAUCUAAAACUUCUGUUGCUUUUGCCAUUCUGAAACUUUGUCUUUGCCAGCAAGGUGUUGGUAACUGUAAAAAGAAAAAAAAAAAAGUGUAUGUGAACAUGCCAAUGUUGCACUGUGUUUGAAUAGAACGUGUACGUGACUAGUUCUCACCUUUGGUUUGCCAAUAAGUGACUGGAUACUUUCUGUGUAAAAUACAUUUAGGUUCACCAGAGUAGAACAAGAAGAGAUUAUUUCUAUUUAUCAAGCUAAAGGAAUUUUAAGAAUUUUUUUCCUUAAAGAAAAAUCAAGAUUUUCUUUUUUUUUUUUAGUUCUUUACCUCAAGGAUUGAGAUAUUUUGAAUGGAUUUGUCAAAGGGGGGAAAUGCUUAUUAUAAUAAUAAACCAAAAUACUUACCAGAAAAUCGUCAGCUCUUCUGACAAAAAUAAACAUUUUAAGAGACUUUA